CUCCCUCUCCUCGCCGGCGGGCCGCCACGGGAGCGGCAAGAAACAUCCGGUCUGUUGCAAAGCGGGGCGGCGCUGCUAAGUCAGGAAAGCGCCGCUGCACGCGUCGGAGCCGCUCUCGCUUGCCUCCCGCCUCGCCCGCUCCGCCAGCUCCCGGGAAAGCGGUCCGGACAGCCCCGUGGAGCGAGCGGCCCCGCUCACGGUACCUCCAGAAAGAAGAUUGGAAGGACGACAAGCUGAAAGGCAAGCGCCAUGUCUUCUGUUGCCACAUACUACAAUGGGAAGUCGGUACUCAUCACAGGAGCCACAGGUUUUAUGGGAAAGGUCCUAGUGGAAAAGCUGCUGCGUUCCAGCCCAGACGUGAAAGCUGUUUACAUCCUUGUGAGGCCCAAGGCUGGACAAUCGAUGCAAGAGCGAGUGGUGGAUAUGGUGAAAUGCAAGGUCUUUGACAAAGUUCGAGAAGGGUGGCCCAACUUCCAUGAGAAGAUCAAAGCUGUCAAUGCUGAGCUCACCCAGCCAAACCUGGGCAUCAGUCCCGAGGACACCCAGGAGCUCCUUUCUAAAGUCAACAUCGUCUUCCACUGCGCUGCAACCAUCCGCUUUGAUGAGCCAUUAAAGCAUGCCCUUCUCUUGAACGUCAUGGGCACGCAGCAGCUAUUGGCGCUGGCUCGCCAGAUGCAGAACUUGGAGGCCUUCAUUCACGUUUCAACUGCCUAUGCAAACUGUAACCGGAGGCAUAUAGAAGAAGUCAUCUACCCACCUCCCGUGGAGCCUGAGAAACUUUUCGACCUUGUGCAGUGGAUGGACGAAUCCCUCAUUCAAGAGAUUACGCCCAAGCUGAUUGGGGACUGGCCCAACACUUACACGUUCACCAAAGCCUUGACUGAGUACCUGGUUCAGCAAGAAAAGGGCAAUUUAAAUGUUGCCAUCAUCCGACCGUCCAUCGUGGGAGCGAGUUGGCAGGAGCCGUUUCCAGGUUGGAUUGACAACUUCAAUGGAACAAGUGGUUUUCUUAUUGCGGCUGGAAAGGGCAUUAUACGGACGGUAAAAUGCAACCUCGAUGCAGUAGCAGAUAUCAUUCCAGUUGACGUGGCUAUUAAUCUCAUCCUUGCUGCCGGGUGGUACACUGCAGUUCACAGACCAAAAUCAAUGCUGAUAUACAAUUGCACAACAGGCGGCAUCAACCCUUUCUGCUGGGGAGAGAUGGAAAAUUAUGUCAUAGCCACAUACAAGAGGAACCCCUUGGAGAAAGCCUUCAGAAUACCCAGUGCAAACAUGACCUCAAGCUAUCUGAUCCAUCAGUACUGGACAACGGUCAGCCACAGAGUCCCGGCCUUGCUGUACGAUUUGUAUCUGAGGUUAACUGGAAGGAAGCCAAGGAUGAUGAAGAUUUUCAAUCGGCUGCACAGGACUAUGACCCUUCUAGAAUAUUUUACCAGCCGUACUUGGGAAUGGAGUUCAGAUAAUGUAAACAUGUUAAUGAAUCAGCUCAGCACCAAAGACAAGAAAUUAUACUGCUUUGAUGUCCGUCAGCUGCAUUGGUCUGAGUACAUUGAAAAUUACUGCCUAGGAACCAAGAAGUAUCUGCUGAAUGAAGACAUGGCUGGAAUUCCCGCCGCAAAGCAGCACUUAAGAAAGCUACGGAACAUCCAGUACGCAUUCAACACCACCUUGCUAGUGAUCGUUUGGCGCGUCUUCAUUGCAAGGUCGCAGAUGGCUCAGAACAUCUGGUAUUUCGUGGUGAACCUUUGCUACAAGUUCCUGAGCUACUUCCGGGCCUCCAGCACCCUCAGGCAUUGAAAACUUCUGCCCGGUUCCUGACAACGGAAGGUCUUUCAGAAGGGUUUCCGUCUCCUCCAGACAAUAACUGUGGGUGUUUGGGCUUGAAAGUCUCUUUUGACUGCAGCAACCGACCUGCAUUAUGAUAGGGUCAUUGAUGGUUUUUUUUUUUUUUUUACUAAUGCUUUAAUUCACCAUCGUCUUCCCUUUAGGUCCACCAGGCUAAUUUUCAAAGCCAUAACCAAAGUUUUGAACACAGGUGAAUUUUUCUCCCCAGUGAAGAGCUGUGGGUUACCAAAGCUGCUGUCUUUUACCUUUGGAGCUACCUAAUAGCUCCCUUCCUUGACCCCAGUCUUAUUACUUACAUCCUAAUUGAAACAUGGGAAUCAGCACAAUAAACCAAGAAAUAAAUGGCAAAAAGCCUCUGCAUGUAUGCCUUGAGAGCCAGUGCAGAGUCAUGGCGAAGGCUGGAGCAUUAAAUACCCUGUUGUUGCUACUAAAAACAAGAGCCCUGUGCACAGUACUUCUUCUGUUGUUUUUUUUAAGUGCCAAUGCUCAUGUGUCAGGUUGCAUCAUUUCCCACCAUUUCUCCUCUCAGGACUUGGAAGACCCCCCCCCCCAAAAAAAAAACAUGCUGCUACUCAGUACCACUGAGCCCCACCACAGAAAAGGCCCUGCACUGUACUUAAUUUCAUCUUCCUCCUUUAGGGCCAUUGGCUCAUGGUGGGACAGCAUGGCAUUGUGUGUUUCCCUACCCAGCUUCGCUGGUUGCCCUUGAGAGGUGGGGCAGGGAAAUGCACAGUGUAAAGAUCCUGUGUGUGACUUGCCAUGUUGGAGGAGAAACAAACACGCAUUUUGGGGCUUCAGUCCAGUACUGAGCAGAUACUAUCAUUCUGGCCCAAGAGCUUAAACUGUGAACCGAGGAAUCCCUGGGCUUUGUUUUUAUUCCUAUUCAUAAGUUUGCUGGUGACCAUAAAUGCAACUGAUCUUCAGUAGUUGCAAGAGACAGUUGUGAACUGUCAGCCUCUUGAACAAACUUACUCUCAACAGCACUCUCUUGGUAGUGAUUUGUUUAUUGAGAGAUGCAAAUGUAUCAAGCUAAGACCAUCUUGUGUCAAAACUGACUCCUUUGGCGCCACUUCUGGAAUUAUACAUGAUUCAAACAACCUCCCCCCAUGAUCUGUCCAAUCAAUUCAUUCACUCAGCCCACCUAAACCUAGCGCGUUCCGCUAGCCCUCCUUCCCCACCUGCAAACCUACAGUACAUUAUCUACGACAGGCCAACUAGCAGAGACAGGCAUUCAAGGUCAUUUCACAUACUUCCCACUCGGGAUGCCUCUUAAGAAAACAGUUACAAAGCAGCUAAGUGGAGCAGUGUCCCACACACACUCACCAUCUGCCCCCCCCCAUGCCCAAAUUCAGAAUCCAACCGGUGUGGUUUACAGGCAGUGAAUAUGGAACAUACAAAACCCAUGGCAAAUGAGGUUCCGAGUUUGACAUGAGCUAAUAAAUGCCCAUCAUUAUAAUUUGGGCUGUCUGGGGGAGGGGCACAUCUUGCAAAAGCUGCUCAUUGGUUGCCAUGUUUGUCAGUGAGGGCAAUGCCACCAGUUGGUCAGACAGCAACAUCAGUGGGUGUGUGGAAUCAAGUGGGUUUCUAAAUUUACCAACAUGUUUCACUCAUAAAUGUGCUUCCCAGAGAGAAACUAGCCCUGUUCCCAUGUUACAGUGAAUGCACAUACAUCCUUUCUGUAAGGAAGGGCCAAUGUGCAUUGAUUUUACAAAUGAGACUGGGGAGCCAUGCCUGGAUAUAUCUGUGGCUUCAGUCACACAUUCAGCUGAACGUGGGUCAAAUGUAACAUGAGAAUUACUUGAUGCACGUAUAAAGAAAAAUCAAGUGUAUAGAGUAUAUGAAUUUUAUCUGCACUCACUGUAACUUAGUGAACAGGGCUACUGUUUGACACACAGUAAAAUAUCAAUGUUCCGAUUUAAGUCCCUCUCACCCAACGUGCUGCAGAGUGAAUAGAUUUAUCAGUUGUAAGGAAAUGCUCCAUUGAAGUUGAAUGGCAGUAGAGAAGCUGUCUUUUAUUUCGAUAUGAAGGAACAGGCAGGCUUGACGUGGGCAGAGGAAAGCAUGAGCCAACAGUCAAGACCCACUGGGUCCCGGCAAAAUCUCUGCUCAGAUCUAGAAGCAUUUAUACCAAGGUUAGAUCAGCACGAGCCCACAAGUGUCUGGAUGUAGAGGCAUGCUAGAACCUGGGGAGGAUAAUAUUUCCCCGCUUUCCUGGCAUUCACCACAAGGGGCAGCAGUGAGUAAGCUCAAAGGUUCCCCAGUUCAAGUCCCCGCUAACCCUGAUGGCCACUGUGUGAGGCCAGAGUGGGAAUGUGCCAUUCAGUUCAAUCCUCCCUUUUCUUCGUUAUUUCCUUAGCGGGGCCAUUUCUCACGAAAAGUUGCAGGGAGGAGAGAACCCAGACAGUUUGUGCCAUGUGGAACCCGUAGCAUCCCCUGGACACAUCUUCUUAGCCUCCAGUGCCUUCCAUUUGUGAAAGUUGUUGCUUGAGAAUAUUCUGAGCGCCUCUGCUGGCAGCCUUUUCCUGGCAAAGGAAGGCAGCAUACCCUCAAACUGCACGAUUCGCUUCAAUAUUAGACCACUCAGCUCUUCUGAGCAGAGUAUUGAAGAGAACACUCACACCGUCUCAAAUAUUCUUCACGGGGUUUUGUUGGGGUUUUGACCUUAUUCUCAUGUCUUCUUUCCCCUCUCUGGCCUGAUUCGCCCCCUCCCACACUGCCGUUGAAUCUGAUUGGCUUUAGUGACAGCCCCCCCCCCCAAUUUUUGUUUACGGGCUCAGUGGAGGCAUCAGAUGAAGCUUGGUAUCGCCAAGAUAAAAGCCCUCAAGCGAGUGAUGAGAGCGGCACUUCUCGACACUCAGGAAAACAAUCAUGAAAUCGAAAGUAGGGUUUCAGGACUCAGUGUUAGCUUUCAGGGGAUCUUGUGUUUUAAGACCGGAUUGGCGGGGGAAAGUGCUGUCAAGUUACAGCCAACUGAAGACAACCCCCUGUGGGGCUUUCGAGGCAA